UUUCUACUGCAUGCAAUCAUGGAGGAACAUUGGGAAGUAUCAUUGAAAUGUCGAGUUGCGGUAUAGGAAAAUGCGUUGACUGCCGGUGCAUCGCUUGUCUUUUGGCACUACAUAAUCAUUCCAUGGUCGUCAUCGAUGUAGAAAUGAGUAAGCGUAUACGAUGACCGUCAAGUUUCUCUCCUGCAGCUCAUAGAUUCCUUUCAUGCAUGUGUCUUACGUUCACAAUUUGUCCGGUUUGGGAACGCGUUGUCGAGAGCUUACACCUGUCUUGGGACAUGAAGCGGAUGAACACAGUUUUCUAUUAUAGAUAUGCAUCCAUGCGACUAUUCGGUUGUUCUUAUGUCGCCAGAUCCUAUGGUGCGUGCUCAAGACCUUGAUUCCUUGUCGCUUAAGCUACCAUCCACAAAAGGGUACCGCCAAUCAUCAAAAACAAUCCCCACGUCUCACCAGUUGAAACACUAGAAACCGACUAGUUCUACCUCGUUGCUCAAGAAAUUCCAACAUGCCUCUUUUGUUCUGUUCGUCUGCGCUGUAAUAACUACUGAUAUCCUAUCAGCGUUCUGUACCUGUUGAUUUGUUUAUAUGCAACUGCAUGUUGUUGAAAACUCCGCAUUGAAGUGCGUAAGCAUCAUCACGUGAACGGUCACUUUCCACUCCCGCCAUCCAUCCGGGCAAACAACAACAGUUCACGCCCCGCCAUCGACUCUGUACCAACGAUAGACAUAAAAUUAUAGCUUGUUAAGUAUGGCGGCUGGCGAUCACAAGAAAGAAGACUUUCGAAAAUACCUUGAAAAGAAUGGUAUCAUUGAUGCCUUGACUAAAGUUCUCGUUGGCCUGUAUGAAGAACCUGAAAAGCCUGAAAAUGCCAUGGAUUACGUAAAACAAUUUCUUGGAGGCCCAUCAGACGUUGAUGUGGAAGCUCUGCGUAAUGAGAAUGAGGAGUUACGUCGCAAAGUUGAAGAGUUACAGCAGCGGCUUGAUGAGAUUAAGGGAGCAAAUCAACCUACGGUACAAGAACCGGCUAGCGUUACCCCAGGAGCACCUGGAGCCCCUGUCGAGCCACAGCCUGCCCAAUGAUUUGUAGUGGUCAAGAAUCCCACAUAACACCUGGACACCUGUUCCGUUGAAUGUACAUAUUUACCCUUUUGGAAAUAAAACUUCACAAAGUCACUAAAAGC